GCCGGAGGCUGCGUGGACGCACAGUCCGCACUCGUCUUCGGCGCGGCUGCCACUGAGCACUCGCCAAUCGCGACCGUUCGCGCGGGAAAUUCAAAAAUAGAACUUUAAUAUUUUCAAAUUCAUUUUUUUUCUUUCUUGUGCCUGACUCUUUCUGUGGUGCCAGUUCUGUGCUUUCUUUUUUUGAGGACUAGGUGCUGUUAUCGGGCAUGCUGCAUUAGUAGAGAUGGGGCAUAGUAGUUUAAGAUCGCUGCUAGUGGCAGCCAUCAUAGUAAGCAAUUGUAUAACAUGGACCUCGUCGAGGCAUCACUACACACACAAUGUCCACGGACACCGAAGCAGACACAGACGGCAAGGUGCCGGGCUGUUCCUCUCAUCGUCAUACGUGAUACCAGGGGGGGAGGGGCACGGCGCGUGGGGGGAGUGGGGGGAGGUCUCGCCGUGUUCGCGGACGUGCGGCGGGGGUGUAGCUAGCCAGAAAAGGAUAUGUCUCGAAGUUGGACCAGACGGCCAGCCUCUGUGCCGGGGAGGAGACACGAAGUUCUUCUCGUGCCAAACACAGGACUGUCCCGACGGCGCCCAGGACUUCCGCGCCCAACAGUGCUCGGAGUUCGACGACGUGGCCUUUAAGGGAAUCAAAUACAAAUGGGUGCCAUACACAAAGGGUCCGAACCCGUGCGAGCUGAACUGCAUGCCGCGAGGCGAGCGGUUCUACUACCGGCAGAAGCUGCAGGUCGUCGACGGGACCAGGUGCAGCGAGGAGUCCUUCGACGUCUGCGUCAACGGCACCUGCCAGCCUGUCGGUUGCGACAUGAUGCUGGGGUCAGCAGCGCGCGAGGACAAGUGCCGGGAAUGCCGCGGGAAUGGCACCAACUGCCACACUGAAGACAACAUUCUGGACACACAGGAUCUCAGGAAUGGAUACAACGACAUACUUCUCAUACCUGCUGGGGCAACCAACAUUUAUAUUAGAGAAGUCAGAGCAUCCAGUAAUUAUUUAGCGUUAAGAGCGACAACGAACGACACAUACUACCUGAACGGUUACUACCACAUCGACUUCCCUCGAAGCAUAGAGAUCGCGGGGGCGACGUGGCACUACGAGCGAAGCCAGAACGGGCUGCCUUCGCCUGACAAGCUGAGGUGUUUGGGACCGACGAAUGAAGCGCUUUUCUUAUCUCUUCUCCUACAAGAGCCAAACGUGGGCAUUCAGUACGAAUACAGUAUACCCAAAGCACUAGCGCCACCGCCCAACCAGGAGUACAACUGGGUCCACGAUGAGUUCACGCCUUGCAGCGAAACAUGUGGUGGAGGUAUCCAAACCCGCAACGUUACGUGCCGGACCCGCGAAGAACUAGACGUGGUGGACGACGGACUCUGCAACGAAGCCUUCAAACCGGACUCCAACCAGACCUGCAACAACAACCCGUGCCCCGCCCAGUGGGUCACGGGCGAGUGGGACAAGUGCACCAAGCACUGCGGCGAGGGCGGCACCAGACAUCGCCACGUGUACUGCGAGAAGAUCAUCGCGAAUAGAAAUCCAACAGUGGUCGCGAAUAAGGAGUGCUUGGAACUGCUGGGCCCCAUGCCGGCUCAGUUCGAGGAGUGCAACCAUGACGCCCCCUGCCCUACCUGGUUUACCGGACCUUGGAAGCCUUGCGACAAACUGUGCGACGAAGGCAAGCAGACCAGGCAAGUGGUGUGCUACCAGAAGACGGACGGCCGCGUGGAAGUCCUGGAGGACAAGGAGUGCGUGGACGAGAAGCCUCCCGCGGAGCAGGCUUGCAUGUUGCACCCUUGCGAGGGAGUCGACUGGGUCCUCACUGACUGGACUGGGUGCGACAACUGCCUAUCGACAGUGCAAACCCGGAGUGCUGUGUGCGCGACCAAAGACCGAAAAGUGGUGAACUCCACUUUCUGCUCGUAUCAUCCUACUCCAGUGCUGGAGGAGCCGUGCGACCGCACCAAGCUACCUCCUUGUGAAGUCCAGUGGUACGCCACUCAGUGGAGCAAGUGUUCAGCAGAAUGCGGCGUCGGCGUGCAAACCCGCCGCGUCUUCUGCGGCAUGUUCGACGGCGAGUCGGUUCUGAAGGUGGCCGACGAGCGCUGCGACCAGGAGGAGAAGUACAACGACACCCGGCCCUGCGAGGUCAAGAAGUGCCCCGCCUUGUGGUACGCUGGACCUUGGUCUGAGUGCACAGCGCCCUGUGACGGAGGCGAGCAGUUCCGCCGCGUGAUGUGCCUCAGCGGGACCGAGCCGGCAGUGGACUGCGACAUCGCCUCUGUGCUUGACAGCACGCAGGCCUGCAACUUGAGCCCUUGCAACGAAG